UCUCUUGUUUCUUCUCCUGAAGCUCUGCCGCCAUCAGUGAAAGACAAAGACAGAGUUUAUUGAAGGACAGUGAGAAGAUGAGUGAUCCAGAACCCUGCAGAAUUAAACAGGAAGAGACUGAAGAACUAAUAGAUGUGCUGGUGGAGGAGAGUGAAGAACUGAGUGAAGAUGAGGAGAAACAUGUCAAAAGUGAAACUGAAACUCAAACAAAGGUCAAAGACAAUUUUAUAAUAAAAAGGAAAGAUUUCACCUGCGCUCAGUGUGGAAGGAGUUUCAGCCAGAAAUACGACCUCAACGUGCACAUGAGGAUCCACAUUGGAGAGAAACCUUACAUGUGUUCACACUGCGGCAAGAGAUUCAAUCGUUCAGGACACCUGAAAAGACAUGAGAUGAUGCACACUGGAGAGAAACCACACAAGUGUGAUCAAUGCGGCAAAUUAUUUCCAUGGCCUUCAGAUCUGAAGAUCCACCUUAGAGUUCAUGCAAACGAGAGGCCGUAUUCGUGCUCCGAGUGUGGAAAGAGUUUUACAUAUCUGUCACAUUUAAAAGGCCAUCAGAAGAUCCACACUGGUGAGAGAGCGUUUGUGUGCUUUGAGUGUGGGAAGACUUUUAUUAAAUCUGGAGACUUGAAACAACACCAGAUUAUUCACACUGGAGAGAAACCGUUCAUAUGUACUGUGUGUGGGAUGAGCUUUAGGCAAUCAUCACAUCUUCAUCAACACAUGCUGAUCCACACCGGAGACAAAACACACAGAUGUGAUCAGUGCGGCAAAACAUUCUUGAGGACUUCAGAUCUGAAGUACCAUCUUAGCGUUCAUACACAGGAGAAACCUUAUUCGUGCUCUGAGUGUGAAAAGAGUUUUAAACGUUUACGAGAUUUAAACUCGCAUCAGCAAAUCCACACUGGUGUGAGAGAGUUUGUGUGCGUUGAGUGUGAGAAGACUUUUAUUCGAGCUAGAGACUUGAGACGACACCAGAAGAUCCACACUGGGGACAGACCGUACAAGUGUUCACACUGCGACAAGAGAUUCAGCCAAUCAGGGCAUCUGAAAGCACAUGAGAGGACUCACACUGAAGAGAAACCGUACAGAUGUGCUCAAUGCGGGAAGAGUUUCAGAGCUUCGUUUCUCCUUAAUUUACACACGCUGCGCCAUACUGAAAAGAAAAACCAUAGAUGUGAUCAAUGCGACAAAACAUUUUUGAGGGCUUCAGAGCUGAGGAAACAUUUUCAGGCUCAUACACAGGAGAAGCUUUAUUCGUGUUCAUGUUAAGAGAGAGUAAACAUCACUAGCUAUGUUUCCAUCCACCUAUUUCCAUGCGUAUUUUGGAGAUGCGCAUAAAAACAUGCACAUAACUGAGGAUAAAAACUUUAUUUGAUAAGAAAAGAUGCGAAAUAACUGCUAUUGAAACACUUUUACCGAACAAAUUCCAGUAUGUGCAUUAAAAAAGGUCAUGUGAUUUUGUUAUAAGAGAUCAUGUGAUGAUGAAAAUCUGUGUGAAUGGACAAACCAGCAGGCUGAGCACACUGUAAAACAUCUGAAUGUUGUUUUGGUCAUUUUAAAACGCCUGAACUGUUUCAGUAUUAGUGUUCUUAUAUUAUUAAUGACCUACAGAAUCAAGAGCGUCUGUACUUGGCAUCUGACGCCUUCAAACGCCACCGCGCGUUCACUGCGUGUCAGGAUUACCUUCAGAGGCGCAAGUCAUUUAAUAAAUGAAGAAAAGAUUGACACAGCUUCUCUAAACGCAGCAAAUUAAAUUUUUACUGUUGAUAUUUGGCGCCAGUUAAUCAGGAAGUGACGAUUUUGUUCGCUUUGACUCGUUGGAUGGAAUCGCUGCUUUAUUUGCACGUCUUUCAUGCGAUAAUCCAGUUGUGCGCAUAAAUUUAAUUAGCAUUUUUGGUUGGAAACAUAGCUACUGAUAUUUACCUUCCUGAAAACUCUCCACUGUAUUCAUAAACAUCAGAUUUCUGUCACUAAAAUAUUUGUGAUUGUGAACAAGAAAAUAAUAAACGGUUCAAUUAAAUAGAUAAAGGAGAAACAGAUCGGUUUGACUGUGCAGUGGAAAUACCUCACACUUCCUGUGCUGAAUCAUUUGCCGUCGGUAUGCAGAGGAGUGAUCUGCUCUCAGGCUGCAGGUGGGAGAGACUGCUGUACGAUGAUUGGGCCGCCUGUCAGUGCUCUGAGGCAGGGAAGGGCUCGACGGCAUCACCCGCAGCUCAAUGAGAAGAGUAAGAACGGUACAGUACGGGAAACACUAGCUGGCAGUAGAUGUCUAUGUUUUUCUGUGUCGAGCUCCUUUGCUGGUGUUUUGUUUUUUUUGAACGCUACCUUAACGUACAAGUGGCUCAAAUUCGCUCAUUUUGAGGCAGGAACCGGCGGACGUGCAACAACUUUAAUCAUAAGGUAAACACAAAACAACAGUCUCCAAGAACGGUACAGUACAGGCACAUGACAGUCUAUAAAAAUC